ACAAUCGUUCAUUAUUUGCUGAUUGGGAAAGCACAAUGUUCAAGAUGAGGUUCAGGUGUCAAAUUGUUAUUAUAACUUGUGCUGUACUGAUGACAGCUGAUGCUCGGGCGAAUAUAGAUAAUGUAUAUAUGGCACGUGCUUUGAAUAGUGAUGAUACAGCGAUUAAUGUUACAAGUGAUACGAUUGUUGUAAGCCCGAAUUAUGGCAGUGAUCAAUAUGCAAGGACAAUGAAAUCACCUCAGUUUCAAAAGUAUGUAUUCAGACCGCGGGCGAUUGUGAAAAAUGAACCGACAGAAAAAAGCGUUUUCUACGCUCGAGAUAACGUGAACAAAUAUAAAACUGAAAUUCUUUUCCCUGGUAAUUAUUUUGCAAUUGCCAAAGAGAAGAGCGAUGAGAAUCCUAAGGAAUCUGCGUAUAAUCCAUUGAAUGGCGGUGCUUUUAUACCACAAGCUAUACCUUUGUUAAGGGCGCAGAGCUUCGAAGGCAGGUCAUUGGAUGGUGAGGACGAAAUCGAAAAACCCGAAGGAUUCACGGAACAGUCUGCAUCCAGGAGAUCAUUAUCGUACAUCUUUGGAAAUGGCGCAGAAGAAGAGGAAGUUGAAGAAGAAGACGAAGAAAAUGAUAUAGAUGAAGAAGGAGACUCAGAAAAGUCAAAACUCAAGCGCAAAAGGAAGAGGAAAGGAAAUCAAAAUAAAGGAAUUAGGCCCUACUCGAAAUACAUGAUGCCUCUAUUGCUGGCGUACAAAAUGAAAUAUUUUGCAUUGGUUCCCGUUUUACUUGGAGGUCUUUUACUAUUAGUAGGAUCGACAGGAAUUGCUGGAUUCUUUUUUGCAUUAUUUGCAGCAAGUAUGGCCUUACAGAAAGGAGCGUUUUAAAUGUAAAAGUCGACGAUAUCAAAGAUGCCAUCAGUUAAAAUUAAUUUUCCUGUCAACGUAGCACUGUUUCUGUGA